AUGAACGGCCAAACUGCAACUCCAAUGUCUAUUCCGGGGCCUAUUGCCCUAUCGUCUUGGCUGGAUGCCAAUUCGGAGAAGCUGCAGCCCCCGGUAAAUAACAUGUGUUUAUAUUCCGGCAAGGAUUUCAUACUCAUGGCGGUUGGGGGCCCCAACACCAGAAAUGAUUAUCACACCAAUACUCCACAUUCUCCAAGGCGAGUGAAAGACACUGUUGGCCUUGUGAUGGAACACGUUCGGCCUCCGCAAAUGAUCGACCGUAUCAGAUGGUACUGUGAGAACAAAGACGCCCAUAAAGACUCCCCGGUAAUUAUUCGGGAAGAAUCGUUCUACUGUCAAGAUAUUGAGACACAGCUGAAGGAAGUGAUUGAGAAUUGGAUGAAUAAUGAAGAAAAUCGUAAAUGUGGUGUCUGUGGACAGAUUGCACCAGCACAUUGA